AUGCAAAGAGGUGAGCUGAGGAUCGUUCCAUGGCGAUUUGAGUCAGAUCUGACGAGAAUCGGCGAAUGCUUGUAUUCUGCCAAACACGGGACAGCAGACUUGCGACAUCAGGCAGUAUUGGAAGUCAAGUGCUGGGCUAGUAGAGGGCCAUAUGUGCCGCACACAGUGGAAUCUACAGCACACCUGACGGAAGCCAAGUUGCUGGAUGAGCAGGCGGUCACUGGGGAUACCAUUCUACAGCUAAGCUACACUAUGGCGAUGAUCCGAUUCGUAAACGGUCUUCUAGAUCCGAUGCAACAAUCACAGUUUGCUAUCCCAUUGCACGUUUUGGCAGAGAGAAUGGAGCUGCCAUCCUGGUUCGUUGAACUUCGGCAUUGCGGGACUCAUGAAAGAGAAAUGCCAAGUUUGGACAUGUUGCGGGUGGCAGUGGAUCAGGCGUUAGAGUGGCUAUGGGAUAAUUUCUGGAACGCGGUACCAGGUCAAGAUCUUCGCCGUAAUAACAAAAGCCAAACGGAUUUCAACGAGUUAUGUUUGAAUGAAGCGGCUCCGGACCAGGAAAGCGUAGACAAACUCAUAAAGAAAGUGCCAUCGAUCGCGAACCUUCUUGCCAAGAACCCCAAUUUGGGCAAAAUUCAGCAUAUGUCAUCUUCGUUCACAGGCGAUGAAGCUUCUCGCGAUCCUCCGUCUAAAAAACGCAAAAGUCAAGAAAAGCCAGAGGACAAGUUGGAAAGAUUUGUGCUGCUGGCCAAAGAAACGUGGAAGACUUGCAAGUCACAACCGGACGUCUUCCUGGAGAAAUUCAUUCGAAAUUACAAUUGUAGCUCACCGGUCGUUUUAGAGCUGCUAUCACAACGAAUCCAGCCGUUUGGAUAUGAACUGAGUCGAUGGGUUUUACAAAAUUAUCAAUUGAGUCUCAAGUCGGAAAAAAGUCCACUCCGAGAAACCUUCGAUGUUUCUCAGCUAAAGAAGUUCUUACCAGAGAUGUGCAAACACGCCCUGAACGUGAAAACCAUUAUUGUCGACUGGGAGAAAUGGGCUGACCUACUCCGAGAAUAUCCAAACUGGAUUUCACUUCAAAUUCUACAAAGCUGUAAAAUCGAUCUCUCCACCGUAAGCGAGAAAUUCCGCAGGCGAUAUCAGUCUGAGGUGGCAGAGUUGAAAGUUCUCUUCGAGAGUUACCAAAAAUGUGUUACGAAUUCCGAGCUGACAAUGUAUCAGUUGACACCCUCUGUCAACCGUGCAAGUGGCACGAUGACAGCGUUUAAGAAUCCCAUUACCAAUUCUACAAACGCGAUCUUGGACGACUUGCAAAAAUUGAAGCAGAAUGCAGCGGAAAAGAAGAUAUACGCAUGGGAGCCUGUGAAAGAUUGGACGCCGCGACCAUUCGGGCAGACCUAA